AUGAAGAACUGGGACCCUCUGGAUGAACAAGGAGCUUGCUCCAUUGACAGAGAUUGUGAAGAUGCUUACCGGGUUUGUCAGAAGCUUGAUAUCCCUUUUCACCAGGUUUCCUACGUGAAAGAAUACUGGAAUGAAGUAUUCAGUGACCUCUUAAAAGAGUAUGAAUUGGGAAGGACUCCUAAUCCUGAUAUUGUGUGUAACAAGCACAUCAAAUUCAACUACUUUCUUCAUUAUGCCAUGGAUAACCUUGGAGCAGAUGCAAUUGCUACUGGGCAUUACGCUAGGACCUCACUAGAGGAUGAGGAAGUGUUUCAACACAAACAUGUUAAAAGACCACAAAGGCUUUUCAGAAACCGUUUUGAAGUCAGAAAUACUGUGAAACUCCUUCAAGGGGCUGACCUUUUUAAGGACCAGACCUUCUUUCUAAGUCAGAUCUCGCAGGAUGCUCUGAGAAAAACCAUUUUUCCUUUAGGGGAUUUAACAAAAAGUUUUGUAAAGAAGAUAGCAGCGGAACACGGCCUUCAUCAUGUGCUGAAGAAAAAAGAGAGUAUGGGAGUCUGUUUCAUUGGUGAAAGAAACUUUGAAAAUUUCCUUCUUGAGUAUUUAGAACCUCAACCAGGUAACUUUGUUUCCAUUGAAGAUAAGAAGGUGAUGGGAACACACAAAGGUUGGUUCCUCUACACAAUAGGCCAGAGGGCCAGACUAGCAGGCCUGAAGGAUGCUUGGUUUGUUGUAGACAAAGAUGUCAGCACUGGAGAUGUCUUUGUGGCACCAUCAACAGAUCACCCCGCUCUGUACAGAGACCUGCUGCGGACAAACCGAGUGCACUGGAUAGCGGAGGAACCUCCUGCAGAGCUCGUUAGAGAUAAAAUGAUGGAAUGUCAUUUCAGGUUUCGGCACCAGAUGGCACUGGUUUGCUGUGUUCUACAAGGGUGA